AUGGACACGCUCGUGUCCAAGGCGUCCCUGACGCUGGAGCUGCCCCCGAGCUGCCUGCAAUUCUCUCCCUCCAACUCGGCCUACUUCCUGGUGGGCACGUACAACCUCCAUCAACAAGACGCUGCCGCCGGGGCUCCCCAGGGCCGGGACGGUAGUUUGAUCGUCUUCCGCAUCGACGGCCAUCAGCCCAUCGAGGUUCAGACUGUUCUCCAGCCAUCUGCUCUCUUGGAUCUGCGCUUCCACCCGCGGCAACGCGACCAUCCGGGCAUCCUGGCCGUCGUGUCCAGCACAGGGACGCUGGCCAUCUUCUGUCUGGAUCCCUCUCUUAACUCGACGGCGCCACUGCGCCACCUCGCCACGAGCAGGUGUCGAGAUCUGGCAGAUGACGUCCUGUUCCUGCAAUGCAGCUGGCACCCUGUUCUCAGAGACGUGAUUGCAGUAACAACUUCCAAUGGACUCGCCAGAUUACUCCACUUGGGCCAAGACUGGACGAUCCGGGGAUUCACCGACCUCGACAUUCGGAAUUCGCUAGAGGCUUGGUCCGUUGCUUGGUCGCCUCCGACGACAGCAACCGCAUUGGACGCCGACGGGCAGUCCUUGACGGUCUAUUGCGGUGGAGAUGAUUCCUCGCUGCGAUACACCUCGUCUUCCGCAAGGCUCGAGAUACCCUACGGGCCCGUGACUGUCAAGGGCCAUCACGAUGCCGGAGUCACGGCGAUUCUGCCCCUUUCUCUCCAUGCCGCAGACGGCGGCCGGCUGGUAGUCACAGGCAGUUACGAUGACCAUUUUCGCGUCUUUGCCAUCCACGACCUCGAUCAGUCGCACGGGACAAGGCGGAUGCGCCUCGUGUGCGAAAAGAACCUUGGGGGGGGCGUCUGGCGGCUGGGCCUGGUCGACGCGCGGCUCCGAGGCGACGGUCAAUGGCGAGUCCGGAUCCUGGCCUCUUGCAUGCACGCAGGGGCUAGACUGGUGGAGCUGGCGAGCGAGACAGAUGGCUUGCAUUGGUCCUGCACGAUUGUAGCGCGGUUCGAGGAGCACAAGAGCAUGAACUAUGCCUCGGACUGCGUGGCGGCGGCGGACGGCGAGGCCCUCCGAUGCGUGUCAACGAGCUUCUACGACAAGUUGCUGUGCUUGUGGGAGCAUCGCGGGUGA